CGAAAGGUUCUAACUUUUGCGGGUUGCGACAUUCGAAUCUGAGCAGCCAAGAACCGAAUUGUUGUAUAUAUUUCCCCUUCUCCCAGUUGCCAUUUCUCUUCCCGCAGAAAAGAUUUCUAGCAGCGAAACUGAGAUGAGAUGUGGGGGGUGAAGCAACAGAUUGCGAGGUCAAAACGGGGUCGCGUCUGGGCAGGAGCGUUCCUCUGCUGGUUGUUCCUCAUGUUGGCGACUCCGAAGAUCCCUUACUCACCUAAGCAUCACGCCUAUGCGGACAUGCGCAAUUUCCUCGGUGUGCCCAACACGCUCAAUGUGAUCACCAAUUUUCCGUUCUUGAUCGUGGGUGUGCUGGGCUUUGUUCUGUGUCUUCAAGGAAGCUAUUUUGACGUAAGUUUGCAAGGAGAAAUUUUGGGUUGGACAUUGUUCUACGCGGGUAUAGCGGGUGUGGCUUUUGGUUCGGCAUAUUAUCACCUGAAGCCUGAUGACAAUAGGGUGGUGUGGGAUACAUUGCCGAUGAUGAUAGCAUAUUCCUCACUAUUUUCCAGUUUUUUGGUGGAGAGAGUGGGGAAAAGGACUGGAUUUUGCCUUUUAUCUCUGCUCCUUCUCUUUUCCUUUCUCAGCGUAGCUUAUGAAAGAACAUUUAAUGAUCUCCGGUUGCGCAUGAUGUUUCAGUUGAUUCCAUGUGUUGUGAUCCCAUUUAUGACACUUUUGUUCCCACCAAAAUAUACCCACUCAAGAUAUUGGCUUUGGGCGGCAGGCAUCUACCUUCUCUCCAAAUUUGAAGCUUUUUCUGACUGGAGAAUAUACUAUGCUAAUAGUUACAUCAUCAGCGGGCAUUCCCUGGAGCACUUAUGUUUAGCAAUGUUGCCUGUUCUGCUUACAAUGAUGCUCAUGAAUAGAACCUUGAGGUUCCAAAGAUUGGGCAGUUUAAAAGAGAGGCUCUGAAAUUCGUGUUCGGGUGAUGCAGCCAAAUUUCGAGUGUAAAUGUGACUAAGGAGCGUGUGUGGAAUUUCUUUUGAGGCGCUAAUUGCUGGUCGCUUACUCAUAUACUAGGCAUUCUGCUGUUCAUCCUGCUUGGUUGAGAAGUCCUUUUACAGUGACACUUUCUUCAAUCAUAAGUCGAAGGACUUUAAGGCCGCACGAAAGAAAAACGCGCCCCUUCAGCACACCAGUCAGUGGUUUUCUCUCUGUUCCUAAAUUCAAACGUAUCUGUCGCCAUCGUAAAUAUUCCGGCCUGCACGGACCGGAGAACCAAUGGUGUCAGAAUUUCUCUGUGUAGAUGUUCAUUGUGCAGAUAUACAUUGUACAGCGCGAUACGAGUGGAUUCAUUUCGACUUUUCUCUUGCUAAAUUGUUAAGGGAAAUUGGACUCCUGUUGGUUGUUGACAA